AUGUCUAUUGUUUGGCUCAAUCACGACAUGGAGCCACUAAGGGUAAGUUUUGAUUCAUAGCCUAUAGUUACACAAAGGUAUUAAGAUUAGAGGUCUGAUUAAUUAAGAACCUUGCACAGCCAUUUUGGGGGUCAUUGCGCAACGAUUCUCUGGAGAAGUGAUGCCUUACCGGUGCCGAAAUUCGAUUAAGGGACAAAUUAAGGGGUGAUGUAUGUGACAAUUCCUGUGUCUGAGGCUUUCCUAAAAAAAUGCAUGAUUCCGUUUAUGCUUUUCUCGUGGAAUCGCAGGUCGUCUCUUGCUUAGGGGCUUGUAAUCUUAGAAUUGUAGCUAUAAGAGCAGAAACAAGUAUUCGGUUGGUUUAUGAAACAAAGCCCUUAAAUUAUAUUUUGUCCUUUGGAGUGGACCAUUUCAAAGUGGUGUAGGAGGGGUUGGGACACACUCAUUUCCAGGGUCUCCUUUUUUCACCCAUCACUUGUCUGGGAUUUCUUUUGGCAGUGAGACCUUGUUUCCACAAAAUGUUUGCUUUUUUUCCUUGCAUACGUUCCUUUUUUCGACCCUAAAUGAUAAUUUUUUCUCUUUUAGGCCUCUGAAUUUGUUAAUCAGCUCUACGCUACUGAGACCAGCCCUCCAGUAAGUCUAAUGUCAAUAAUGAUACGUAUGGAUAUUUUUUCACUGGUCGUACACCACUGUACUCUUUUCUAUGCCCCCCAACACCAAUUAAGUGACCUUCCCGUUACAAAAUAUCGAGAUGACAUUUAUUUAAUGUCAAACUUAAAAAAUGUUAGGUCUAUAUCAUUACAAUAGAAUAAUGCUUUUUGCGUGUAGCUGAAAAUUAAAAAAAAAUACGGUGUGCAUUUACGAAUUGAAGAAUGUAACUUUUAUUUUCAUAAUUGUCAUCAUCAGCAGCAGAAUCAAAUUUUUUUUGCCGCGUAAAUAAAGACGAAAUUAUAUUAACAAUGCUGAAUUCGAAAAAGCGGUGGGGAGACCUCCAAAAGAAACCACGAGGCUCAUAGCAAAGCCACCUCAGAAGUUAAUAUAUUGACAACUUUAAGCUUUGUAGGCGCAGCAUUAUGAAUUUAACCCUGCACAGGAACAACAGAGUUUUUCAAAAUAUGACAUGAAUUAGACAGACAUGUUGUUAAACUAGAAUUUAACGCACUCUUAUAUUUUGUGGUUUAUUCAGGGUGGCAGCAUAGAACAGAAUGCUGAUUUAACGGAGUCCUCCGGUGCUGAGAGCGAGGUAAAGCAGUCGAAGAGCUUACUUAUUUAUGAAAUGUAUGCAUAGUCCCUUGUAUCCUGCACGUGAAAUAUCCUAAUUAUUUCCCUUAAUGUGGGCAGAAGUCAAAAUCAACAUUGUUUCUGUCUUAAUAAAACACGAGGUAAAAUCGAUGCGAACAAUAUGUUGUAAAAUGAAAAUUGAAUUGUCUUUGAUAUAUAUUUUUUAAUCGGCCAAGGUGAGAUCUUUGCACAACAUGUUGAUAUUACAGAUUUCUCAGAUUCUGAUACCAACGUAAAUCAGUUAUACAGUUUGUCGAUUGAGGGGGGCAUAACUUGUAAAUACGUUCGCAAAGUGGCUAGAGCAAAUUGUACUCCAUGCUGUCACACUGUAACUUCAAUAAGAACAUGUAUGUUUUUCACAUAAUCAGGAUGCCAAAGAAGAGGAGGUAUCUCACAGUGGCGUGAGGAUCAAGCAAGAGAAGAGGCCUUGUCCUAUUCCGCAAUGUAAUGCCGAAGUGGUUCGUAUUCCACGCCAUCUGGUAGACGUUCAUGGGUGGACCAAGGAGCAUGCUCGCACUGCCCUUGUACGCUUUGGUCUACGAAAGACCUACGGUUACUCAAGCCCAAGCAAAGUGCCCAAAAAGAAAAAGAAACCGACAAAAGAAAAUAUGGCAGAGAAAGAAGAUGGAAAAAGAAAGGAUUACCACCAUUAUCAUUACUGUCCAAUGGAUGGUUGUACAUCGCUUGUAAAAAGAAUGCCUCCUCAUCUUAAGAAAGUUCACAAACUACUUCCAGAUUCCACCGAAUACAAGGCUGCAUUGUCAAGGGUGCGAGGACCCGUCAGUGAUUCACAACGGCGACCUUAUCAUGAAAGACAGCGUAGCUCUGGGAGAGACAAGCGUGAAUCUCCUGUGAUUGUUGAGGAGCUUGUCGAGAGUGAAGAUGAAAUAGAAGUCCCUAGAAAAAGUUCAAAGAAGUAUAAACGUAUAAGAAUUCUUGACGACAGCGAAAGCGAAGAGAAAGAAAGUGAGCAUAGAAGUAUUCACACAAGAGUUGAGGAGAUUGAACACGUAAGAGUUGAAGCGAUUGAAAAGAUUGAAGAUGAGACAGAUGAAAACGGAAGCUCCUUUGAAAAUCCACAAAAAUUGGCUGACGAUGUCAUUACUGAAUUUGAAGCCUGGCUUAGAUCGGCUGAUGGAGGUCAGCUUGAUGAGAAAACCAGCCAUCAGCAUGGGAAGCAAGUUUCAAAGCUUUUGAAGGUGGUGGAUGACAAGUGCAAUUUGACAUCUUUGUUUGACGGCUGCCUUAUUAACCAAAAGUUCCUCGAGGACUAUGCAAAGAAAGAAUACCACCCCAAAACAACACAGAGUUAUCUUAUGAGUCUACGCCACUUUUACUCCUAUUCCCUCACUGGGCAAGUUGGACUAACCAUUUCUAAGGAAACUGUUAUCUCUUUGAGAGACAAGGUCGGCCGGUGGUCAUCAUCAUUUCGCCAGAACUGCGCCAAACGACAAUGGGAAAAGAUGGAAGAAGACUUCCAUGCUUUGAUCACUCCAGAUCAAAUAAAGCGGUUUGAAACAAGCAAAGCUGCAAGAGAUGUUGUAUGCUUGUUAGGUCAACUGUCCGGUGCGCACAACAUCCAGAUCACCCAAGCUCAGUAUACUUUGAUUCGAGAUUUUCUCCUAGUUGAGAUAUCUAUUGACAACGCUAAUAGGGCGGGGGCUCUUGCGAACAUGACAGUAGCGGAAUAUGACAGAAUGACAAAGGAAAGUGACGAAUUUGUUGUUCUUGUGAAGAAUCACAAGACAGUGAGCACCCAUGGUCCCGCCAGAAUUGUUUUCUCUGCAAAAUUGAAAAGCUGGAUGGACGUCUUCCUCAGAGAAGUGCGUUUGAAAAUCACUGCUUCUAACACUGGGCCAGACAAUUGUGUCUUUAUAACGUCCACUGGAGAGGCUAUGGUUUCAAGUCAAAUCAACAAAGCCAUUAAGUCCGUAUGGAAGAAGGCCGAAGUCGAGGGUGCGCCAAGCUCCACAUUAUUCAGAAAAUCAGCAGUGUCAAGCGUGCACAGCUGCAGCGAAAGCAAUGAAGCAAGAGGAAAUUUGGCGGAUUUGAUGGCCCAUAAUGUUUCCACUGCCACGCGAUUUUAUCGAUUGCGAGAAAAAUCGAAAUCCUCUGUCAAGGCUUCCCAACAUCUGCGUCAAGUCAUGCGCGGGGAUGAUGAAAGCCCAAGCAUUUCCACAGUGGACGAGGGUGGAGCUUCUAAAUGUACCUUGAGCAAAGAUCAAGAAAUGGUAAUCAGAGAUCUGUUUGAAGAGGAGAUCAAGAGUAAAUCUGUGACGAUGGCAACGGUGAGGGAAAAGAUAGCGGAUAACAUGGAGUUAAAGGACGAAGAUCCAAAGAAGAUUCUUGACAAAGUUCGAGGGACGUGGCGUUAUUCCUCCUCCACACAAUCAGAGCCUGUGAACCUCCCCGAUGAACAAGAGACUCUAGAACAAAGAGUGGAAAGAUCUCUUGAUGUCCAAAACAAUCCGUGGGAUAUAGCGACCACAACGACAGAGGCAAGUGGCGUUCGAAACCUAUUUUCAACUUCGGAUCUUGACAUAUUGAGAGCUAUGUUUAAAGUGAUGAUAACGACAUCCAUACCCAUCUCACGACCCAAGGUCAAAGAAAUUCUUGAGAACGAAAAUGGAGGAAAGGGACUAAUGCAAAAAGCUUCCUUGGACACGAUAAUAAAUCGUGUGAAAUACGAAAGGCGCGUUUUCAGAGCAUCUAAGAACACUCAACAUUAA